AUUUGUUGAUCGAGGCAAAUUUAUGCCAGAAAAUGGAGGAAAACGUUUAUAAAGAUUCUGCUUGGAAAUCGGAUUUGGGAUUGCCUGGAUUUUUACAUAUUUCUGCUCCGUGCAUUUAUGCAAAUGUCCUCGAACAUCUUGAUUUACAAAGAGGACAGUCUUUUCUGAAUAUUGGAUCUGGUACGGGUUAUCUCAGCACUAUGGCAGGCUUCUUUUUAGAAGAAAAUGGAAUCAAUCACGGAGUUGAACUUUAUGAAAAUGUUGCCGAUUAUGCAGCUGAACGCAUUUCUUUGUUUCAAUCAUCUCCUGAAGCUUGUGCUUUUGAAUGGUGUUCCCCAACUUAUCUUGUUGGAAAUGCUUUUCAACUUGAACAAAACACUAAUAAAUAUGACAGAAUUUAUUGUGGUGCUUUAGUCCCAGAAUCUCAUCGUGCUUAUUUUUGCUCAUUUUUAAAAGAGGAGGGAAUUCUCGUUAUGCCGUAUGGACAUUCGGUUUAA